GUUACAAAACGCGUCGGUGCUGCUUGUGUAGUAAAAUGGCGUCGAAAACUGUGUCGAAAGGGCAGCGAUACAUCGGCGAAACCAAACAGCAGCUUAGGGAUGGCUAUGGGAUCUAUAAAUACUCCAACAGCUUCUUCCGCUAUGAAGGUGACUGGAAAGAAGGAAAGAAACAUGGGCACGGGAAACUCAUCAUGGGCGAUGGUAGCUAUUACGAGGGAGAGUUCAUCCACGGAGAGAUAGAGGGUCAUGGCUUCAGGAAGUGGGCAUCGGGGGUCACCUACUCUGGCCAGUUCGCGGAUGGAGAGAUGAACGGCCACGGGGUGAUGACAUAUGCCGACAACAGCGUCUAUGAGGGUGAAUUCUUGAACAAUAAGCGAGAAGGUCGUGGCAUUCUAAAACAGUCCGACGGUGCUGUGUACGAAGGCUCUUUCCACAAUGACAAGAAACACGGCGAAGGCUCACAGCGUUAUAAUAACGGCGAUGUGUACAUCGGUGAUUGGAUCAAAGGGAUGAGGCAAGGCAGUGGGGAACUCCGGUGCUUAGACGCCACAAUUUAUGAUGGUCAGUGGCGUAAUGACCUUUACAAUGGAGAAGGCACCAUGCUCCACAGCUCAGGGAUGACAUACGAAGGCAUGUGGAUCAACGGCAGACCGGCAGGUGAGGCAGCGAAGAUCGUCAUCAUGACCGACCCUGAGCUGGAUAUGUACCAGGGCACCUCUUUCGGCAUCGAGGUGGAGGUGCAGUCAGAGAGCGGGGAGACGGUCAGGCAGGAAAAUGGACGCCUGCUGCAGAUCACCGCUGGGUUCCGCCACUACACGCCCAGCCAGACCUCACCCCUCUUCGACCUCAUCGAAGACAUGGAAGAAAAGCCAGUACCAACACCGUAUGGGUACGAUGUCGUUGCCUACCCUCUGACUGAGUACAGCUACAUCGAGGAGAAGUAUUGUCUAGACGGCUACGUGCCUAAGCCGUCUACGGCGCUGACUGAAGGUACAACUGUCGAAGCGUCCAUUCCUGAAGAACCAGAGCAUGUUCCCCAGAUUGAAGUCAUCCACCCGGCCAGCGAAGCCGCCGACGAGACGGCCAAACCAGAUUCCAGCAAAACAGACGAGGGUGCAGUGACGGAUGUCACGGGCACUGAGCCCACACCCCAGUCUGGCAGCGAGGCAGCAGAAUCAGUGCCUGCAACUGCAGCCGAUGGCUCCUUAGGGACCGAGCAACAGUUAACGGGCACAGCAGAUCUGGCAGAGGAGACGUCACCGGUACCUCCCCCCAUCAGCGACCAGAAAACAGAGAACGGACGGACCAGCUUCAAGGGUUUGGUGCUACCAGGGGCACCGGUUGGCUAUCGUCCGUUCAAUGUGCUCGAUAUCAUGCUGGAAGAGGAAGCCCGCACCAAGGCUCGUAAUUCCAAAACGGCGGGGUUGGCUCAGCAGUUACGACUGGGAGCUAAACUGGGGAAGACCGUAGCCAGUGCCCAACCUGUUUCUACGGCGACCUUACUGCCAGAAUUGAUACCAACUGACGACAUGCCGAUAGAUGCCACUAUGUUGGAGAAACGAGAUCCCAAAGCUUACAAGAUCAAGAGAGAGAAGAUGUACGGUGAUGAACGAUUUGCAAGACCAGCCGAGUAUGUGAUCAUGGUGAAUGAUGUCACCGAGCCUCCAUUCAUGGGCAAGCGUCUACCCACCACGUACUGCCUUGUCAGAAUACAACACCCGAAGAAAUCUAAAAAGGUCAAGACCCCUUCCAAGGGAUCAAAGCCGAGCUCAAGGGGAUCAACGCAUGAUUGAUGCUGACCAAUCACGCUCCCAGAGCUGGUAUCACAUGACUUGUGCUACGUCCAAUCAGGAUCUGAAUUUUGGUCCCAGGGUACAUAUCAUGUAAUUGGCAUCACCCAAUCAGCAUUCAGUGCUGUGGGUUGGGUUCUUGUCAUGGUUUCUCUCUGGCUUCUGAUCGCUUAUACUGGAAUAGUCACAGGACUGCUACUGUCCAAUCAGACAUCCUCACAUGGCUAAUUUUUCAAUCAGAGCCAAGCAAUUGUUUUGUGAAUCCUUUCUGAUCAAAUGCCAAGAGUACAAGAGUUCCCUCUAAUCCGUCCAAUCCAAGCAAAGCAAGCACAUCUGAGACAUAAUUUCUGACCAUAUAAUGAUCAUGUGAUUGACAUUCUCCAAUCAAAAUUGGAGUAUCAAAAGAUGUGAGGAGGAGGGAAUAUCUAAUGCUUCAUUCCGUCCAGUCAGAGCGUAGCUUCAAGUUCAAAUGUUUACUACUUUGAACUUAGUGGUGUUCAGUCUCAAUUUUAUUCCAUCCAAUCAGAUGAAGAGGUGAUGGUCAAAAUUUUCAUCGUCUCAUUAUUUCUACUUCAAUGCGCGCGUCAACUUCUUUUGCAACUGCUUUGAAAUAAAAAGCUCAUUUUCCAGAAUGAUGUGCUGUAAUAGUUGGCAUCUUUGACACUUGUCUGUGGUUUCACGGUUCUAAACUUGUACAAGUCUUAUUGUAUUUUAGUGCAAUUUAUAGACGGUUAGGUGUGGUAUAACGGAAAGUGUAUUGAUAAUUUGAAUACACAUUACAAGAAAGAACUACAUUCAUAAAGGUGAGCAAUAUAUGCAUUUUACUUAUCUGGAAAAUGAUGCAUUUAUUGUAUAGAGCUGUUCAUUUGACUUUUUUUGAGGAAAUGUUGGAUGCCUUGCGUGCUGAAAGUAUGUGAGCAAGGAAUUUGAGGAGAUACAUGUGAUGUAUGGAAAAUUUUUUGUCAGCAAAACCUAGAGGCCACGUUAGUCCCGAAUUAAGUUGUUAUUGAGUCGAAGUGAUUGAAGUUCAAGUUAAGAAGAAAGAUUUUAAGCUAGAAUGUAAAUAUGUAAAAGUCAGAGUGGAUGAGGAUAUAUUUUAUUUCAAGAAGGGAAAUUCCACGUGCCUGUUAGGGGGAGUGAUUUACACCUGUUUGCUUGUUUGUUUAUUGGGUUGCGGGCUGUUCCUUCCUGGAACUAUUUGGAUAUGCAUUUACAGCAUACAGUAUUAUGCAAUCGGCUAGAUAUUGAGUUACAUCAUAUUGUAAAUGUAAUUGUAUAUGUAUGUUGAAUGCACUCAUUAAAUUUCCAGUAAAAAUGUGCAGUCAUGUA